AUGAAACUUGUGGAAAUUAUUUCGGGAUUAACUACCUCUGAUGAAACUUUAAAUAUUACGAAACAACUAGCAGAAUCUAUGGGCAAAACUUGUACUCAAUCUUUAGAUGUUCCAGGAUUUAUUGCAAAUAGAUUGUUGAUGCCUUAUAUCAAUGAAGCUAUAAUUGUGCUUGAACAGGGCAUAGCAACACGAGAAGAUAUUGAUACCACUAUGAAACUUGGUACUAAUACACCUAUGGGACCUUUGACAUUGGCCGAUUUUAUUGGCCUUGAUACGUGUUUGGCUAUUAUGAAAGUAUUACACAAUGAGAUUGGCGAGAAAUAUAGACCCGCCAUAUUAUUGCAAAAAUAUGUAGAUGCAGGGUGUUUAGUUAACACGCCAGUUAACACGCCAGCUAACACGCCAGUUAACACGCCAACAAAUUAA